CUAUUUUCCCGGAAGUAACUGUCAAACUGACCGUGGAGCACUGAUUGUACUACAUCUGUUGAUAAGCAGAGAAAAGUAGGUAGAUAGGGGGAAAUAACGGUACACUUUUAAACAAACUCACAUAAAACAAUAAUGGAAAGUGUAUCCUCGCCGUUACGGUGCUUCGGCGAAUGUCACACCGCGGAGAAAUACACGGAUGACGGAGUGGAGACGGUGACUUCGGUAGAACAGAGAAAAGUCGAACGCAGUAUUCAAGAAGUAGUCAGUGUUUACAAGCAGAUACACAGCUUACCGCACACCACCACUGUUUUCGCCACCAUGACCGAGCCCACUCUAUUGAGGGACCAGCACUACCAGUACCUGAAGAAAGGAUUACGUCAUCUCUCCGAUGCUUAUGAGUGUCUGGACGCCAGCAGGCCCUGGCUGUGCUACUGGAUUCUACACAGUCUGGAGCUGCUGGAGGAACCUGUGCCCACCGCUAUCGCCUCAGAUGUGUGUAAGUUCCUGGCGCGGUGUCAGAGUCCUACUGGGGGUUUUGCUGGAGGUCCAUGUCAAGCUGCCCACCUGGCUCCCACCUACGCUGCUGUCAACGCACUCUGUAUCAUCGGCACCCAGGAGGCAUACAACAUUAUCGACAGGGAGAAGCUGCUCUCCUUCCUGUUCUCUGUGAAGCAGCCAGAUGGGUCCUUUGUGAUGCACAUAGGAGGAGAGGUGGAUGUCAGGAGUACGUACUGUGCUGCGUCGGUGGCGUCUCUCACCAACAUCAUGACACCCACUCUGUUCCAGGACACUCCCACGUGGAUUGUCAGCUGUCAGAACUGGGAGGGGGGUCUCGGGGGCGUCCCUGGGCUAGAGGCCCAUGGAGGGUACACCUUCUGUGGGACGGCUGCCAUGGUCAUCCUGGGGAAGGAGCACAUGCUGGAUCUCAAGUCUCUGCUGCGGUGGGUGGCCAGCAGACAGAUGAGGUACGAGGGAGGGUUCCAGGGUCGUUGUAACAAACUGGUGGACGGCUGCUACUCCUUCUGGCAGGCUGGGCUGCUGCCACUGCUACACAGAGCCCUCUUCAAAGAAGGGGACUCUACAUUGAGCCUGCAGAAGUGGAUGUUUGAGCAGCAGGCGUUGCAGGAGUACAUCCUCCUCUGCUGUCAGAACCCUGCUGGAGGGCUGCUGGACAAGCCUGGCAAAUCCAGAGACUUCUACCACACCUGUUACUGUCUGAGUGGUCUGUCCGUAGCGCAGCACUUUGGCAACAUGGAUCUGCACCACGAGCUGAUCGUCGGCCGGGAGGAGAACAGACUGGCCCCCAGCCACCCCGUCUACAACAUCUGUCCAGAGAAGGUAGCCCAGGCCAUCCAACACUUCCACCAGCUGCCUGUCCCCGUGCCUGCACAGAAAGAGGGGUCCUCGGCCUGCAACACUACCGCUGACCACUCCUAGUGCUCACAGUGUAGGCAUGGCUAUGAGCGUAUUUGAGGGGGGUCAAUUUGAGCAUGAAGGCGAUGCUCCGAAUCGCUUAUCUUGAAUGAAUAGUUAUUUGGGAUGCAAGGUUUGUCUAUAUCGGUGAUUCUUUUGCACUACGGCUGCAAUGAUAAACUCUGGGAUAAGGUAGUAGUGGCACAUAACCCCUGAUACAGGAUCAGAUAUUUUUGUCAUCCACCUUAGGAUUCAGGGGAAAUCUGUUCCUAGAUCUGUGGUUAGGAGCAACUUCUAGUGCCUUCAGAAUGUAUUCACACCACUUGAUUUUUUUCCAAAUUUUUGAUGUUACAAAGUGGGAUUAAAAUGGAUUAAAUUGUCAUUUUUGGUCAACGAUCUACACAGAAUUCUACCUUUAAAAAAAAAAAAAUUGUUUUUUUUUAAUAUAAGUUCACACAUUCUUUAAAAAGUAAUGGUUGUUAAUCAUUGAUAAGACUUGAAUGCCAAGUCUUAUAUCAAGUAGAUAUAAGUAAAAACUGUAACUAGACCACUCAAAUAUUCAAUGUUGUCUUGGUUAAGCAAAUCCAGUGUAGAUUUGACCUUGUGUUUUAGGUUAUUGUUCUGCUGAAAGGUGAAUUCAUCUUUUUGGUAGAAAGAUUUUCCUCUAGGAUUUUGCCUGUGCUUUGCUCCAUUCUGUUAAUUGUUUUAUCCUGAAAAACUCCCCAGUCCUUAACAAUGACAAAUAUACCCAUAACAUGAUGCAGCCACUAGUAUUCUUGAAAAUAUGGAACGUGGUAUUGGAUUUUGCCCCAAACAUAACACUUUGUAUUCAGGACAAAACAUUAAUUUAUUAGCCACAUUUUUUGCAGUAUUACUUUAGUACCUUGUUGCAAACAGGAUGUAUGGAGGCUUCCUUCUUUUCAAUUAGGUUAGUAUUGUGGAGUAAGUACAAUGUUGAGCCAUCCUCACCGUUGGCCUCAUGGUGAAAUCCCAGAGCAGUUUCCUUCCUUUCCGGCAACUGAGUUAGGAAGGACGCCUGUAUCUUUGUAGUGACUGGGUGUAUUGAUACACCAUACAAAGUGUAAUAAAUAACUUCAUAAUGAUCAGAGGGAUAUUUAUGUUUUACCAAUCGGUGCCCUUCUUUGCAAGGCAUUGAAAAACCUCCCUGGUCUUUGUGGUUGAAUCUGUGCUUGAAAUGCACUACUCGAUUGAGGGGCCUUACCUGAAUGUGUAGGGCAGUCAUUCAAAAAUCAUGUUAACCACUAAUAUUGAACACAGUGGGUCCAUGUGACUUGUUUUAACACUGUUACUCUUGAACAUAAGUUAGUCAUAACAAAAGGGGUGAAUAGUUGACUCAAAACAUUUCAGCAUUUUUAAAAACAAAAUGUUCUGCAAACAAAAUUCCACCUCUGAAAUUAUGGGUAUCAAUGACACAAUCUAAAUGUAAUUCAUAUUCAAAUCUGUCUGCAACACAAAUUGUGGAAGAGUUAAAGGGGUGUGAACGUUGUGACGGGACUGUAAAUGUGGAGCGGUGUGCUUGCUGAGAAGUGGACUACAAGUAUCCAUCCAGCAAAAAUGGGUUGAUUGCUGGUCCCCAACUGACAAACAAGGGAUUGAGAGAAGAGGAGAAAAUUAGGGCUGUCCAAAUAAAGGCCUGAGUAUAAA